AGGAGCUGAGAUCCAACUUGAAAGCUUUCCCUUUGAUGAAUCCAAGUUUGCUCUGAUCUGCUGCCUCGGUCACUUUUCAGCUCUGCUGUCUCCGUGCCAGGAAUUUUCUCGGCUGGGAGUGGAAUGGUAGAAGAGGGUGCAAGCCGGGGAGAUCGGGCUCCCCGUACUGGUGGGCCCCGCGGACCCCCGCACCCUCCGGCCCCGCCACAUCAUGGCAUUUCUGUGGUGGGCAAAGCCGUUUGGAGCGUUGCGCGCGCAGGGAAAGGCUGGCGCUUUGAGCGGGCUGUCGGGGUGGACUGCAGCCUGCCCGAGCCCCGUUGCAUCUGGUUGACCAGUUUGCAGAAUGAGAACGCCGAGUGGUGGGAGAGGCGGUGGCGCCGGGCCGGCGCGGCUAUGGCUCGCCAGAAGUGCCAGGGCCGACUCCGAAUGGACAGGAAUCGCACGCCGAAACUGGGCCGAAGAGAUGGCCUGGCCACGAACGCCAACACCCCCCCGGUGGAGUCCUUCCCCUGGGUGGGGCCGAAGACGGUGGUGCUGCGCAAGAACUCGCAGGGGGGUUACGGCUUCACCCUCCGGCAUUUCAUCGUAUACCCCCCAGAGUCGGCGGUUCAUUCCAACGUGAAGGAAGAAGAGAAUGGCAACAGAACCGGUCCGCCGCGAGGCCGUCUGGAACCGAUGGACACCAUCUUUGUGAAAAGUGUGAAGGAAGAUGGGCCAGCUCACCGUGCUGGCCUCCGGACAGGGGAUCGUCUUGUGAAGGUGAAUGGCGAAAGCAUCAUUGGGAAAACUUAUUCGCAGGUCAUCGGCCUCAUACAAAACUGUGAAGAUGCUUUGGAACUUUCUAUCAUGCCCAAAGAUGAGGAUAUUCUGCAGCUGGCUUAUUCUCAAGAUGCCUAUUUGAAGGGCAACGAGCCAUACUCCGGAGGGGCUCAAAGUAUCCCCGAGCCGCCACCGAUCUGCUACCCUCGCAAAACCUACCCGUUCCAGUCAAGGCCCACUGCCCGGGAUGUAUCAGCAGCUGAGACGUACCAAGGACAGCAGGCGGACAACAGACAGCCCUAUUAUACAGGGUCCUCGGGACCAUCUUCUCCCUUGAACAGCACUGCAGCCCACAGAACGGCCUCCACAGCCUGGGCCGGGUCCACGCAGAACUUCGCCAGUAACCAUUCCAGUCCUGCCCAUCGCACGGAGGAGAUCCAAUAUGGAAUGACUCAAAAAGAGCCUGUUCCAAGACCUCUCCCAGCUUCUGGCUCCUUCUCCCAUUACUCCAACAGUAGUUGCCCAGGUUCUAUAUCCUCCCCCUUGCCUGAGAAGUACUACGUUCCUCCCGCUCCCUCUAUGCCCAAUCACGCCUGCUACGGGACCCCCAAACACCUCCCCGACCACCGGCCUCACGGCGGGUUGAAGGACACUUCCCAUGAGGUCCGGUCCUCCCGGGACUGCAUGGGGACCGGCCUGAAAUCCGUCAGUCGUCUAGAAUGCCAACAGGCCUUGUCUAACUGGAUCUCGAACCAAGUGCCACGACGGAGCUCCUCGGAGGAGCGCCACUGCGCCAUGCCGCCUCGCUACCGGAGCGUAUCGCAAGAUCGGCUGGGGGAUGCUCCGGCCUCCCGGGGUUGGCCUCACAGCGCUUCCCAAGACACCUUAAUCCAGCCACCUGCCCACGAUAGCUGGAGUUAUCGAGCGAGGUCGGAUAACUAUCUGAUGAAAUAUGGGCAGUCCUUGGAAGCUCUCGAGCAGGCUGCCUUGGUUUCUCCCAGGUGUAUGUGGCCACCGGACAAGUUUUACCGGCACGGACAAAUUAACAGAGCCCAGCCUAGCCACCCAAGUUCCUAUGCUCCUUCUGUCUCUUCCAGGGAUCCAGCCCCUGUACAUGUCCAGAAACACCCUUCCCAACCCAAUCUCCAAAGCAUUGAGGACUCUGGGUAUAUUGGUUAUAGGAGCUACAGCCCCUCGUUCCAGCGUCGGACUGGCUUGCUACAUGCCCUUUCCUUCCGGGACGCUACUUUUGGUGAUCUUCCCACUUUUAAUAUUUCUCAGAGGCAAGGGAACCACUCGACGCCCCCUUAUGUCGAGAGGCCUUUGCCCACUGCCAUGAUCUCAAGUGCCCCAGCUCCUUGCCUGGACCCUCCAGAGAUUCCUGCGGACCAAAGACCAGCCAAACUGGAGAACGACGUGAGGCCUUUUGAGAGGGCUUCUCCACCUCAGGGCGCGGAACGGUUGCAGCCUCAGCCUGAGGCUGAGGGAAGGAGGGAUGAGGUGGUUCUCCGGCAAAAGCCCCCUACCGGACGCAAAGCGCCCCCUCCGGCCAGACAGAUGAAUUUUGUCUUCCCAGAUGACAUGAAGGAAACGGACAUUUGUGAUCCACCUCCGCCGGUGCCGGCCACUGGUAAAGAGAACAAGCGGGGGGUGGCCCCGUUAGCUACGCCAGAGGAUUCGCUAGCCUCCAUCCCGUUCAUUGAUGAGCCAACGAGCCCCAGCAUUGACCUGACGGCUAAGCACAUCCCCGCAUCCUCUGUCGUCUCCAGUGCCAUGAAUUCUGCCCCUGUGCUCUCGGCCAGCCCCUCCUCGCCCACAUUUACCUUUGCAGUCAAUCGCCAUUACUCCCAAGAUUGCAGCAACAUCAAAGCCAGUCGCCGGUCUUCCUACCUCUUAGCCAUAACCACCGAGCGCUCCAAGUCGUGUGACGAUGGUCUGAAUACAUUUCGGGACGAAGGGAAACAUAUGAGGAGGUUGCCCAGCCGCGUACCAAGCCUCCGCAUGUUAAGAAGUUUCUUCACGGACGGGUCUCUGGAUAGCCUCGGCACCUCCGAAGACACCACCCGGUCGAAGCGGCAUUCGACCUCCGACUUGACUGACGUCACUUUCAGCGAUGUGAGGAAAGAGGGGUGGCUCCAUUACAAACAGAUCCUCACCAAGAAAGGCAAGAAAGUUGGCGGCAGCAUCCGGCAGUGGAAGCGGGCCUUCGCUGUCCUACGCUCGCACUCGCUCUACCUGUGCAAAGACCGACGGGAGGCUGUGGCAUGUGCCCUGCCCCCAGGUGAGGAGGAGCAGCCGCCCAUCAGCGUCCGAGCGUGCCUGGUGGACAUCUCCUACAGCGACACCAAGAGGAAGCACGUCUUCCGGCUGACGACCGCUGACUUCUGUGAAUGUCUCUUUCAGGCCGAAGACCGGGAUGACAUGCUGGCCUGGAUUAAAGCCAUCAGGGAGAGCAGCAAAGGCGAGGGCGAGGACCCUGGGUUUGCAAGCCAAGCACUUAUUAAUAAGAAGCUGAAUGAUUACAGGAAAGUAAGUUCUGCUGGGACCAAACCAGACUCCUCCCCUAAAGGACCUCGUGGGCAGGGGAUGAAGCCAGAGUCGCAGAAACAGAUAGGAACAGGAGCACCCCGUUCCUCACGCCAGGAUGCCAUAACACCAAGAGAUGACAGCGUCCCUCAGAAAGCCCCUUGGGGCAUCAACAUAAUGAAGAAAAACAAGAAAGCUGCCCCACGGGCUUUCGGUGUGAGGCUAGAAGACUGCCAGCAAGCUCCCGACAACAAGAAAGUUCCUCUGAUCGUAGAAGCCUGCUGCAAAGUGGUGGAAGAUAAAGGUCUGGAAUACAUGGGCAUCUACCGGGUCCCUGGGAACAAUGCCAUGGUGUCCAGCCUGCAGGAACAGCUCAACAAAGGCUUUGCGGAAAUCAACCUGCAGGAGGAGAGGUGGCAAGACCUGAAUGUCAUCAGCAGCCUGUUGAAGUCUUUCUUCCGGAAACUCCCAGAACCACUGUUUACAGACGGUAAAUACAACGACUUCAUUGAAGCCAACCGGAUUGAGGAUGCCAGCGAAAGGAUGAAGACUUUGCGCAAACUGAUCCGGGACUUGCCAGACUAUUAUUAUGAGACACUCAAGUUCUUGGUGGGACAUUUAAAGACAAUUGCAGACCAUUCCGAGAAAAACAAGAUGGAGCCCCGGAACCUGGCGCUGGUCUUUGGCCCGACCCUUGUCAGGACGUCAGAGGACAACAUGACCGAUAUGGUCACCCACAUGCCGGACCGCUACAAAAUCGUGGAGACCCUCAUUCAACAUUCAGACUGGUUUUUCAGCGAGAAGGAGGAUAAAGGUGAAACGACCCCGGUAGAUGAGCAGGAAGCCCAGUCAGUGCCGAAUAUCGAGUACCUUCUGCCCAACAUCAGGAGGACGACGGUGGCACCCGGGGACGCUUCAGAUUCGACCAAUGGUGGCUCAGCUAAAUCAAAGGCUUUGUGGACCUCCCGGAAGGAGCACAGCCACAAGGAGAUGCUCACCAUCUCCUUCAUCUCAGCCGUCGCCCACAAGAGGAAGAAGCGGAGAGAGGCCAAACGUUUCGGGAGCAGCACCGAUGACGAUUCCGAGCACGAGUCGGCCGCCAAGCCAUCCCCAAAGGGAACCGAGGAGGAGGAGGAGGCCAAGGAGGAGCUCAGAGAGGCCGAGAGACUGCGGAGCAGUGGGGGCAGAGUCUCCAACCCCGACAUGCAGAACGAGGAAGAGUUCGCUGCCAAGUUGGAAGCAGAGCCAGAAGAGAGGAAGGGGGAGGCACCUCGGGGCAGCCCUGACGCCCGCUCCAUCGUAUCUGGGUACUCCACCCUUUCCACCAUCGAUCGCAGCCUGUGCUUGGAGGUGCAGUCAGUGGCAGAGAGCCGCGGGGAGGAGGCGGAUGACGAACGGAGCGAAUUCAGCCACGUGGAGACGGACACCGAGAACGGUUUUGGGCCCGGACAGGCCAGGAUGCCCGGACAGGCCAGGGGAGCGGUGUCCGGGGAAGGCGGGGCUGUUCCCUCUGACAAGACGAAUCACAACCGGGCCUCCUUCAGCUCCCACCACCUCAUGCAGUGUGACACCCUGGCACGGCGCAAGCUCUCCCGGCCCUGCCGCAACAGCGAGGGCUCCUCCAAGAGCAGCACCGAAGUCCCGAGUUCCAGCUCGCUGGGCAGCCAGGAGUCUCUGCAGCUGGCGGAGGCCCACCCCCGGCCUUCCCUCGCAGAGCAGCUGCGCCUCCGCCUGCGCGGCUCGGCGGAUGACAUGCCUGUGGUCCACAUGCGCAAGCCGCACCCGCCCGAGACGCGGCGCAAGAAGAACAGCUGGCGGCGCCACACGGUGGUCGUGCCCGGCGGCCUCAAAGACCUGAAGUACGAGUGGACAGAACAGCACCUGUCGGGGGCUCCCGGGGCCUGCCCGUUUGAUUCCUCGAGCAGAGAUCCCCUGAGGGACAACAAGGACUCUGGGUUGAGCAGCCUGGAGUCGACCAAAGCUCGGUCUUCCUCAUCCACGCCGGGAAACGUGGCGGCUCCUGUUCAGCAGGGGGGUGACGACCAACAGCACCGGAAGGGGGGCUCUGAGGGGCGCUCAGCUCCCCGGCGCGCAGCCUCCUUGCGCUUCCACCAGUGUCUCUAGGCAGCUCCUUGUGGAAGCUCUUGCUGGAAGGCUUAGAAGGGU